CAUGACUCAUCACUGAUGUGCAAUCUGAAGGAACGGAAGUGGGAUUGUGAUCGAUUGUGUUUGCAGGCUCAGAUAGGUCGUACAAGCCAAAGCAGAAUAUGAUAGUUGCAAUCAGCGAAAGCCAAAGCUGAAUAGGAUUUAACUUGCUUGGCCGGAUUUUAUUUCGUGCUCGCCGGCUGCGUGCAGAGCUCCGUCUUUGUAGGGAAAGGCAGACUUGUUCCUUUGUUUUAACUAAACGAUACCGUUUUUGGGCUUGGAGCACGAUGCACACUGUGGAAUGAUCCCACGUUGUCUACACUAUGGAGUAUGGAGUUACUAAAAAUACCCACGAUCGCGAUAAUAGAUAUGUCAUCCCACACAACCGUGGCUUAUUGUUGAAGUAUAGCGUUCACAUUAAUGUCAAGUGGUGUAACCAAACAUGGGCGGUUAAGUACUUAUUUAAGUACAUCAAUAAGGGUGACGAUAGGAUAACCGUGGAGUUAUCAGAAGCUAUAGAUAACUCUACUCCGAAAAUAAUAGAUGAGAUUAAGUCAUACUAUGACUGUCGGUAUAUAUCCACAUGUGAGGUUGCUUGGAGAAUUUUCGGAUUCCAUAUUCAUUAUCGAAAUGCACCAGUUGAACGUCUCGCUUUUCAUCUUGCUGAUGCGCAAAAUGUAUACAACAAUCCCAAUGCAUCUAUAAGCUCGGUCCCGAAUAAACCUACGAUCAACUCCACAAAAUUCAC